CUAGUCUUCAGCCCCCAGAGAUCCAACUGCCUGUGCUGAGAGCUGGAUUUAAAGGUGUUGCACCACUACACCCGGCUUUGUUCUGAAAAUUUUAAAUUCUCGGCAGUUGCUGUGCUAAAAAAUAAACAAAAAAGUGUUCAGGGACUCCGGUUUCUGAGAUGUGUGACCUUUAUGGGGUCACAGAACCAGCUGUGAGCACCGCAGGGCCAUUUGUUCAAGAAGGAAAGACUACAAUUCCCAGAGUGCGCCUCGUGGUUGCCAGGGGCAACCAUAAAACGCAGACUAACAGAGGCUGAAGUCUGAGGAAAAACUGAUCUACUCCUACCAGCCAUGGGGGUAGAUUACUAUGCUGUGCUCCAGGUCACUCGCAACUCAGAGGAUGCCCAGAUCAAGAAGGCGUACCGGAAACUUGCCCUGAAGAACCACCCGUUGAAGUCAAAUGAGCCAUCUGCACCAGAGAUAUUCAAGCAAAUAGCAGAAGCCUAUGAUGUGCUGAGCGACCAGACUUCUAGGCAGCAGGUUGCAAGAGCUAUCCUUGCCCAUCACCGUCCUGAGCUCUCUGACUGCCCCCCAGCCUCUCCAGUCACACACACCCCGGAUCCCUCCUCAAGGUCACAUGUGUCCACAGCUGUGAAGAGAGGCAUCUACGACAAGUUUGGCGAGGAAGGCCUGAAAGGUGGGAUUCCUCUGGAGUUUGGAUCCCAGACUCCAUGGACAACAGGCUACGUCUUCCAUGGCAAUCCUGAUAAAGUGUUUCAUGAGUUUUUUGGGGGAGACAACCCCUUCAGUGAAUUUUUUGAUGCAGAAGGAAAUGAUAUAGAUUUGAACUUUGGGGGGCUUCGGGGCCGAGGAGUCCAGAAACAAGACCCUCCAAUUGAACGAGACCUCUAUUUGUCCCUGGAGGACUUAUUCUUUGGCUGUACCAAAAAGAUUAAGAUCUCCCGAAGGGUGCUAAAUGAAGACAAGUAUUCCUCCACCAUCAAGGACAAGAUCCUGACAAUCGAUGUGAGGCCUGGGUGGAGGCAGGGCACACGCAUCACCUUUGAGAAGGAAGGGGACCAGGGCCCCAACAUUAUCCCAGCUGAUAUUAUCUUCGUCGUAAAGGAGAAGUUACACCCUCGAUUCCGCAGAGAGCGCGACAACCUCCUCUUUGUGUACCCCAUUCCUCUGGGCAAGGCUCUUACUUGCUGCACAGUGGAGGUGAGGACCUUAGAUGACCGUCUGCUCAACAUCCCCAUCAAUGACAUCGUCCACUGGAAAAAGGAAAAAACUGAAAGCCUGGAUAACCAAAGCCUCAGCUGGUCGCCAAGCUUGGAGAGGGACCCCAAGCGGAGGAAGGAAGGCAUGAACCUAGAGAGAGAAAACACAAGUCAUGGAGGAGGCACCUCCUCCUCCUGCUUCUACCACAGGCCUAGCAAUCCUCCCCAUGGACUGUCUCAAAGGAAGCUAACAGGACCUGGUGAAGAGCCCCACAGCUGUGUGCCCAAGAGCAAGACUCCUGAGUACCUGGCUCACUAGUUCUGCCCAGCUGAGGAGUAGAACCCAGCGCCUCGAACUUGCUGGGCAAGCACUCUACCACUGAGCCUUGCACCCAGCCCAAAUCCCCAUUUUAACCUUUUUUUUAAAAAAAAAAAAAAAAAAAAACAAAAAAAAAAAAAAA